GGUGGACACCGGAGAAGCGGCCUCGACUUCAAUCCCAUCCGGAGACGGAAAUAACACCCUCGGAGACAAGUGGUGAGGAAAGGAAAAAGGAGAUUGAGAUAGAGAGAGAGGGAGUAAACAAGUUGGAGAUGGAAGCGCGUCCGUCCGUCCUGUGUGAGCGCAGCCAUGGCCGUGAGCGCUGAGACGCAUCAGGGAGCGGCGCGUCCCUCCGGCCGGGGCUUCCUGAGUUUGCCAGAGCUCCUGCGACUACGUGCCGAGGGGGAAAUGAACCACCCCCCCAGGGUCGUUAUUAUUCAACAACAACAGCACGUUUGACGACUGCGUGGAGAAAUCCCUUUAACAGGGUGGAGCUGCAGUUCCUUUAAUAAAUGAUGAGGAAUCAUCAUCUAAUUGUGAGCGGCUGCUUUGAUGUGAAUGCCCGAUACAGAUUGAAACCUUUUUGAUGUAAUCGGUGAUGUGAAGUCACCGGGCCGACAUGUGGAGAGGAUGAUGGCUGCUGGCCGCGGGACUGGCCCAGGUAUCCACAUCCUCCGUCCUGGACGCGGCUCUUUACGCAAUCCGACGCAGUGUUGCAAAGCGGGCUGAUCUGAUCCGACCCUGGUGUCUUUAAAUGUUAUGAUCCCUAGAACUGCCAGGCCUUUGUGUUUCUGUGAAAUAUGCCAUGGCCUUGAUUUAAAAAAAAAAAAAAAAAAAGAAAAGAAAAUAGACAAGAGGAGGUGAUGGAGCCGUGACGGAACCAGGGGGGGUUUGUUGAUUGACGCGGUGCUUUUUGAGAAUUUAAGGCGUCACAGCGGAAAAAGGGGAAAAGAAAAGAAAAGCCAUCAUGUCGAAAGUUGUCAGCAGCAAGGAGAAGAAAUCCUUCAGCAAGAAGCUGUUCCGCAGGAGCUCGGUCCGCUCCGUGGGCAGCUUCAUGAACAGGGUUCUGCGGACUCUGUCCACGCUGUCGCACUUCGGCACGGAGACGCAGGCCGCCGAGGACGAGCAGGACGACGGCCCGUCCGCGGCCAACCUCACCGGCGGCUCCGUGCCGUCCGACGACAGCGACGGCGGGGGGUUCCCCUUGUUCGGGGACAAGGUGCCGGGGGUGGCCGGCCUCAAGAACCACGGCAACACCUGCUUCAUGAACGCCAUCCUGCAGUGCCUGAGCAACACGGAGCUGUUCGCCGAGUACCUGGCGCUGGAGCAGUUCAGGGGCGGCGAGGCGAGCUCCGGCGGGGACAAGGUGAAGAGCAACGGGGGCCCGGGGGCCGAGAAGGGGGGCGGCCAGCAGCAGGACCAGCAGCAGCAGGACCAGGGGGGGGUCACCGAGCAGCUGUCCGGGCUGGUGCGGGCUCUCUGGACCUUCGAGUACACUCCUCAGCACAGCAGAGACUUCAAGAAUGUGGUGUCGAAGAGCGCCCUGCAGUUCAGAGGUAAUUCCCAACAUGAUGCACAGGAAUUCCUCCUCUGGUUGCUCGACAGAGUUCAUGAAGACCUCAACCAGAUCGUCCACCCUGACAUCAGACCCCCCAGGAAGCCUCCAGUAGAAGAAGAACCUGUUCCUGAAGGAUCUCCUCUGCCAGCACCAAGCUCUUUUGUACAGGAGCUGUUUCAGGCACAAUACAGGUCUUCUCUGACCUGCCCUCACUGCCAGAAACAGAGCAACACGUUUGAUCCUUUCCUCUGCAUCUCACUGCCAAUCCCAGUACCUCACACGCGGCCUCUGUAUGUGACAGUGGUGUACCAAGGAAAGUGCUCCAAUUGUAUGAGAGUUGGGGUGGCUGUGCCUCUCUCUGGCACCGUUUCCAGGUUAAGACAAGCUGUGGCCCAAGAGACCAAAAUCCCCUCUCAACAGCAGAUAGUCCUCACCGAGAUGUACUUUGAUGGCUUUCAUCGUUCCUUCUGUGACGACGAUGAUGACCUUGAGAUCAUUCAAGAGAGUGACUCCAUCUUUGCCUUCGAGACACCUGAGCUAUUCAGACCAGAGCAGAUCCGCUCCAAGCGUGGGGGGAGUCCACAUGGAAAUCUCAAUCAGAACAACUUGAAGUACAGCACAGAUAACAAUAGGAUGUCCACACAAAUACAGGAGCCCACAACGCCGCCUCCGAGUCCCAAUAAGAACAGUGGACAGGCAGAGAAGAUCGUGCUGUUGGUGUGUAACAGAGCUUGUGCGGGACAGCAGGGACGCAGAUUUGGGAAUCCCUUUAUUCUGUAUUUGGAGCGUACAGUUACAUGGGAUGUACUGCAAAAAGAGAUCUUGGAGAAAAUGAGGCAUCUUUUACGGCCUGGAGUCUUGGUGCAGGUAGGGCCCUUCACUUUGCGUGUGGUAGGAGUGGUUGGAAUAACCUAUCUGCUGCCUCAAGAGGAGCAGCCGCUCUGCCAUCCCUCAGUGGAGAGGGCAUUCAAGUCCUGUGGUCCAGGAGGGCCACCUCAUGUCAAAAUUGUUGUUGAAUGGGACAAGGAGACGAAAGACUAUCUGUUCAAAAGAACUGAGGACGAAUACAUCCCGGAUGCUGAAAGUGUUCGUCAAGUGAAGGAGCAGCAUCUGCAGCCUCAGACUUGUUCACUUGCCCAGUGUUUUCAACUCUACACCAAAGACGAACAGCUUGAGCCCGAUGAUGCGUGGCGAUGUCCACACUGCAAGCAGCUUCAGCAGGGCAGCAUCAAACUCAGUCUGUGGACGCUCCCAGACAUCCUUAUACUUCACCUGAAACGUUUUAGACAGGAUGGGGAUCGACGUAUGAAGAUGCAGAACAUGGUAAAGUUCCCGCUCAUAGGCAUGGACAUGGCGCCCCAUAUGGUAAAGAGGAGCCAGAGUAGCUGGAGCCUCCCCUCCCACUGGUCGCCAUGGAGACGACCUUAUGGGAUGGGGCGAGAUCCGGAGGACUACCUUUAUGACCUGUAUGCGGUGUGCAACCAUCACGGGACCAUGCAGGGGGGGCAUUACACAGCUCACUGUAAGAACUCCAUUGAUGGACAGUGGUAUUGCUUUGAUGAUAGUGAUGUUCAUUCCAUGUCUGACGGUGAGGUCUGCAAGCAGACUGCUUACAUCUUGUUCUAUCAAAGACGUGCAACGAUACCGUCUUGGUCUGCCAACAGCUCCGUGGGAGGUUCCACCAGUUCUUCGUUGUGUGAGCACUGGAUAAGUCGGCUGAUGGGAAGCCGUCCACCGAGCCAAGCCUCAUCUGGUUCAUCCAGACGCACCUCGUUGGCCUCGCUCUCCGAGUCUGCCGAGUUUGCUGGUGAACGGAGCGAAGACGAUGGCCUAUCGACCCGACCAGCAAUGAGAGGCAUGCAAAGGCAAACAUUCUCUUCAAGAUCUUCGAUUGCUAGCCCACUUGUGCUGAGUGAGAAUGGCACUAAACCGUCGUGGUCCCACUCUGCUAAGCUCCAGCUGCGCUCCAACUCUCCCUCACGCUUCUCCCUGGAGUCUCACUCCUCCUCGCUGACACUGGAGAGGAUAGGAGAAGUGUCCGAUAACCCGCUGUCACCUCCGUGUUUCACUGGUUCCCCUAAACCAGACAGGCCGUCUGAGGGCAAGGCGAGCCUCGCUGCGUUGGACAGUACUUCAGGGGGCAAGAGGCCGACAGAGCAGGCGGCUUCCAAGGCUGUGUCUCAGGCAGAGCAGAGGAGCUCCGUCCAGACGGGCCAAAACAACAAUGUAGUCACCGCUGCAGGUCAACACGGAGCAGCUUCCAAGGACCUGAAGCAAAGAAACGGCACUGCAGAUGGCGUUGGCGCCAAAAGGACCUCGGCCAAGAUCGGAUUAGAAAGCGAAAGGAGUCCGAAGAAGCGUGCCGCCACGUCCUCGACUUCUUCCAGCUCUCUGUCCCCUGCAUCGCCGGCCAUUGACAAGUCUCCAUCUCGAACACAGUCCAAGAGUGCAGCAACAGCAUCAAACCCCAAGGACAAAAGCAAUGUAUCACUGAAAACAAGCAAAGGCAGUUCCUCAAGAACAGCGACGCCUUCGAAGAAAGUGUCCUCCCAGACGGCUGAGGUACUACAUCCUGAUUCUGAGCAGAAGAAGAGCGGCUCUCCAGGGACACAGAGCUCACACCCUCAGAAGAGAACAUCGCCCAGAGGGGGAGCUGAGAAAAGCUCGGCUUCAGGAAGGACUAGAGCAGCAGACAGGAGCACUAGCUGCGAAUCUUCACAGGCCAGUGCAGUUUCAGAGAGGAAGGUUAGCCAUGGAGGUCCUCCCUCCAGGGCGAGUGCUGCCAGUAGAGCGAACGGCAGGCCCGGGAGGGCUGUGGAGGAGAAGGCAACGGGUGGGAGGUCCAGCAGUAGCUCCUCUAUGACCAGUCUUCGAUCUUCAAGUGUCGGUGUUUCCUCUGAUAGCACAGCUCCGUCAUCACGGGGAUCUCGAGGGAACAGUAGGACAGAGGACAAAGGUUUGUCCUUCUUUAAAUCCGCUCUAAGGCCCAAGGAUCCCCGUAAACCAAGCGACAGUGGGAAAGCGGGUGCGGGAGAUCCCAAAGGAAUUCCAGAGGAUCCCGCUGGAGAUUUAUCAAAGGAAGCAAUCCAACGGGUCGCAAACAAAAAGGCCCAAAACACAGCUUCAGAAGCCCAGACUAAUGUAACGACAGCCAAAGACAAGGAAUCCUCUAAAGCAUCAGCUGCAGCUAAACAUUCACUCGUGCCAUCGGCAAAAUCCAAGCUCUCCGGAGCACAGACGAUCACCCAGUCGUCGACCACCGUGAAAGAUCCCCCGAAGAAAGAGCCUGCUAAAAAGACAAUGCAGUCCAGGAAGAUCCCCAUCAGUUCUACACAAUCUAGCCAGAGGUCCAAGUGAUGUUAGUUUGAGGAUGCAGAAAACAAUCUUUCUAGUGCAGCUCUGAGGUGUUUUCUUUUUUUAACCAUCUAAGAUGACGAACACCUGUAAAACACCCGUAGCUUUCAGUGUUUACUGAAUUCAAGCUGCCAUUUUGGACACUCAUUGUCCACAUUGUUAAAUAUCUACUUACUGAAUGGAUUUUAACAAAGCACUUUGUAUGGAUAGCAUUGAUUUUGAUGAAUAUGAUUAUGUAUUGUAAAUAAGCAUGGACAUUUAUUUACGUUAUUGCCUUGUUCUGUCUGCAGCAUUGUUGGGAAGGGAACUUCUUAGUUGGAGGUGGAAAUAAAAGUGAAUUUGCACAAGAUUGAAAGCAGGUACAACAGUGGAAAGAACCUUGUGAGAUACAUCAAAUAUGGACAGCUUAGUCACCAAAGGAGGUUUUUGGCAAUUUCUAACGUGCUGAUGCAGUGAAUAAUUUUCAAAAAUCACUCUGUACUACUCUCCUUCAGUAUUGGGAGCCAUAUGUCAACAACAAACAUCAGUGCCUCAGAUAAUCGUAAAGGAGUAUCGCGUCUAAAUUGUAUAACUGCAGGUGUUCGUAGAUUUGUAAUUGAAUUUUAACAUUUAUUAAACACUUCAAAGGUGAUUUCGAGUGAAAUACAGUUUAGCCUAUUUAACCUGAAUUACUGUUUACAUUCGUUCUUCGGUGUAGUAACGCUGCAGCAGCCUUUAAAGUUUUGUCUUAUGUUGAGCGAAAGUCUGACUUUCAUCGAGAGGAUUAGGAGAAGCGCAGCUUGUGUUAUUGGUGUUAAACGCCUGGAGACUUUGAUUUUCACUGGCUCUUGAUGUUUAUUUAUUCAAUUUCUUUACUAAUAACCUGUAACCCCUUCAGACAAGCUCGCACCUGUCAGCCCUUCUGCCAGCUGCUUAUGCCAACACUUUCCCGCGGCACCAGUGAUCCCCGCGGGGAUCAGCCUCUUCAGACUGCCGCACAUCUCCGAACAUUCCUCUCAGUUGAACACAGGGUUAAUGUAAAAAGCCACCUCUCACGCGAUAUGUAACGACGCAUGGCAGCACAUUCAAAGACAGCUGUGAUGCCUUCGCUGAACGGCAUUCUUGUACAUACAGCGCCACGGUGCGUUUGAGUCCGCCCUGUCCUCUGUGCUCAUGUGUGACACCGCAGCUUGUGCACAUCUUUAGCUUGAGAGUAGAUAACACUGACUGUAUUAACCUAGACUGAGAAGAAAUAUGACAGUUGUUGCAUGAUAAAUUUGCUUAUGCAUGCACUUGACUAUGCAAGCAGAUUCUUGCUAAUGCCCACACUGAGUAUGUAGAAGUGCUACUUUUGGAUGUGUAUUUAUUUCAAACUGUAUUUUUCCAAAUGCCUGCAUCAGAGAGCAUGUUAAGGCAUCCUUGAUUAAAGCUUUGUUUGCACAUUUCUCCAAAGUAAUAUACAUUUUGUAUGAAUGACAAGCAUUGCUCAUUCACUCUCAAAGUAAAUCAGCUCAAUUGCAAAAGAAUCUGUUCCGUAUCCUAUUCAUUUGUCUCACAUUUCCGUCACACUUUGCAGCCAGCAGUGCAGUUUGCUUUCACUCAUGAUAGUUUGGGAUUUGCUGUGAACAUGUUCGAGGUUUUAAUGGAUCUACUUUGAGAGCCUGGGAAAUUAAAAUUAAUCCAAAGACAGAAGCUGGUGACGGGCUUACUGUCCGGUUUGGACGGUUGGAGAGGCAGGGGCCAUUCAGGAAAAGAACU